AAGAGAGCCGUCGCCGUCGUGCCCCAGAAGCGUUUCCUGAGCCCGUCAAGAUUUCGAACCUCUUUGCGACCACCGAUGGCAGAGUCGAUGGCAGCCGCCGAGUUGCUCGAGUAUCUUUAUCCAGCAUGCAUGAUCUGCUCGUUCUGCGCACUCCUCAUCUUCGACUGGAUCACGCUCCGCACCGCCACGACAGGAGACCGGCCAGCCCGGGGGCGACGAACAGCGCUGACACUGACGUGCGCCGUCUUUCUCACCUAUGUCGGUCAUGUCGUUCUCAACCUCGUCCAGUCCCUUCAACGCCGGGCGCUGGACAUCCCAGAGCACCGGAUCGUCGCUGACUUGGCGGACAUGUACGUCUGGGGCGUUCUCGUCGCGGCGCUGGCGACGAGCGAAACGCCCGCCUGGGACCCCUUCGCGGCAGCCUGGCUUCUCGCCUUCGUUUUCGAGGCCGCCGUCUGCGGCGUCGCAGCCCCCCAGACCGGCGGGACGACCGGCUUCGACGUCGUCCGGACGGUGCUUCAGGCGCUUCGAAUCGGCGCCGUGCUGAUGCUCCUUGUCAACAUGCUCCGCAUCAUGCGCAAGACCGAGGAAGCCGACCUCGAAGAAGAGGCUGGGCCUUUGCUCUCCGAGACGAAUGGCUCGGCCUCGCCCCGAGCCUACGGAGCGACGGGCAACGAGUCUCAGGACGACGAGUCCGAGGACGGCAAAGACCCCGACAAGGCUGUAAAGGAGUCCCAGCAGAGGCGCCUCGAGGCCAAUGGUGGCUGGUGGGGUUACACCAAAGAGUUCAAGAUAUUCAUCCCCUAUCUCGUUCCCUUCAAGAACCGCAAGGUCCAGUUCUGCCUGGUCAUAAUCAUCAUCCACAUGUUUCUGGACCGCUUCGUGAACGUCAUGGUCCCACGCCAGCUGGGCAUCAUCACGGAUGAGCUGGCCAGAGACUACACGGUCAUGCCGUGGAGAGCGGUCUUGCUGUGGGUUCUUCUAAACUGGGCGAACAGCUUUGCAAGUUUCGGACUCAUCUCUGACAUUGCCCGCACGCACUUGCACAACUGGUCCUCCAGCCAGAUCAGGCAGCUCGCGUUUCGACACGUCAUGAGCCUCUCGAUGGAUUUCCACAGCAACAAAGAUUCCGGCGACCUGAUCAAGAGCAUCGGGCAAGCAGACUCGCUCAACGACUUGCUCGAGACGCUUUUCUUUCAGAUCGUGCCCGUGCUGCUCGACGUGCUCAUCGCAUUCGUGUACAUCUCCCACCUUUUCAGCCCUGCAAUGGCCGUGGUUUUCCUCAUCGUCGGCACAAUGUUCGUCUGGACGAGCGUCGCCACCACCACGAUGGUAAGGCCCAAGAGGCGAAUGUACACCGAGAAGAGCAGGGCCGAAAGCAAGAAGAUGUACGAAUGCGUCUCCAAUUGGCCUACGAUAUCCUACUUCAACCGCGCCAAGUUCGAAGAGGAAUCCUAUGGUCGGGCGGUCCAGGACGAAAUGAGCGCUCAGCUCGUAUAUUACGUGUUGAGCUCUCUUGGCUAUGCUGUUCAAUACCUUAUCGUAUUUGGCGGCCUUCUCACCGUUUCCAUGAUGGCCAUCUUUCAGAUCAGCGAGGGCAGGAAGCCGAUCGGCAGUUUCGUCACUCUGGUCAUGUACUGGUCGUCCCUGAUGAGCCCCUUGCACAUGAUCACUUACCACUACCGACUCAUUUCAAGCGCGACCGUGGAUGCCGAGCGACUUCUGCAGCUGCUUCAGACCCAGCCGACCGUCAAAAGUGACAAUGCCGCCUUGCCACUCAAAGUUACGGAUGGCCAUGUCACUUUUGAGAAUGUUGGAUUUUCUUACGACGAGCGCAAGGAGACGCUCAAAGGUCUCAGCUUCACCGUCUUGCCCGGCCAGACAGUGGCUUUGGUCGGAGAAACGGGUGGCGGGAAGAGCACGACGCUCAAACUGCUCUUCAGGUUCUACGAUGUGACGAGUGGCUCGAUCUCUAUUGACGGCCAGGACUUGCGCAGUGUCACGAUCGACUCUUUGAGACAAGAACUUGGCGUCGUUCCGCAAGACCCGUCGUUGUUCAACCGGACGAUCAUGGAAAACGUUCGCUAUGCUCGUCUCGACGCGACGGACGAAGAGGUCAUAGCGGCUUGUCAAGCGGCCGCAGUGCACGACAAGAUUAUGACCUUCCCGGACAAGUACCAGUCCAAGGUGGGCGAGCGCGGCGUCAAGCUUUCUGGAGGAGAGCUGCAGCGCAUUGCAAUAGCACGAGUUAUCCUAAAGAACCCUAAGAUCGUGCUCCUCGACGAGGCAACUUCUGCAGUUGACUCAUCCAUCGAGGCGCAGAUUCAAGCUGCUUUCAAGAAACUCAGCGCCGGCAGAACCACCUUCGUAGUCGCCCAUCGGCUGUCCACAAUCAUGGACGCGGAUCUGAUCUUGGUCAUCGACCAGGGGCAGAUUAUAGAGCGCGGCACCCAUGAAGACUUGAUUCGACGUGGCAAGAAGUACUGUGAGCUUUGGACCAAACAGACGGCCGCCAAAGACAUUAACGCAAGGUCGGACGUGAUGUCAAAUUCGGAGCCGCCCGAGAAUGUCAACUCUACUGACACGGCUAAAAAACAAUCGACCGCUUGCACGAAUAGCCCGGAGAACCUUCUUGUUGACGUCAAUUAGGCUGAAGUUUCUGGAAGCAUAUAUCCUUUGAAAUGGCGUUGCGUGUCAAAAGUAAAACUGCUUCGCGACCUGAACGAGACUAAAAUGCCUUUGCUUGGAAGAACAAUAGGGAAAGACAGUCCAUCUCCAUGAAAUCGCAACGAAACAUCCAUCAAUCCCUGUGCUAACCCACAACUUGCACAGACGACUUGAUGCCGACAAACACAACGCUUUCUACUCCUACCGCAUUCUGCCGCCUCUAGACACGUCUCAAAAGCAACAUCGUCGACAAAGCGCCUGGAUUCAACACCAUCCAAGUGACGAAAGAGUUGAUCAGAGCCGGAGUCGGCAACAUGCUCGGUCAUGAGAUCCUUACGGCGCCCCAACUAAGUGAUUCGGACGACCAGCGUCAGCAUGCCUAAUGUACUAAAUCACUGAAGGCCAUCUCCAUCGUCGUCAUCCUCAAACUACGGCAAUGGAAUGGCCCGACCGGAUAUACUAUCUGCGCCGCGAAUCCCAUCUGCGGUGAAGACCCCAAGGGAGCUCCUACACAAAAGCUCUAGAAUACAACGCCGAUGUGAAACAGUUUUCUCAUCGACACAUGCCUGUCCAACGCCUUCAAGCUCGUGGGUGGAAAGCCAUUCUGAUACUUGACUUCGCCAGGAGGGAUGGCAAGGCUUCCAUCCCCGAGCAUUGUGCGCCGGCGACGAAAAAUUAGGAAAUGUCCUUUGGCAAGGGGUUUUUUUUUCCUUCCUUUUUUUUUAAAAAAAAAAGAUUUUUCAUUCUUUUUCUUUUCGGAGGUCACCUCGACUCUGGAUAUAUUUUCUUCUGGGGACGCCAGCAGCAUAGCGUCGGUAUCUUGAACCUUGCCCUACACAUAGGCAUCAGGAAAGGUAGUUUGACAGUAAGCCUUAUCCGCGGCAGCCUGCGCAGAACGCGUCUAACAUAGGACGAUGUUCGACACGGACAAAUCCUCCACUCAUCCGAUGUACGAGCAGAAAGCUUGACAUACCUUUCUUUACUAUGAGAUCAACGUCUGAAUGGAAAGCCUUUCUUACCAUCCUUGCUUGCAUUGGGGCCGGAACAAAGACAAAAGUGUAUUCGAUUUUCCUUUUCCUGGCAUAGAUUACAUAGCAUUCACUGGUUAAAUGGGAAGAAGUCCCACGGGCAGAUAGAUUUGGAGAGCGCGGAGAAAAUAAGAAAGCAAAGUAACGUUCCAA